GCGAAAGCGAAGGGCCAGAACAGUGGGGAUGGCGGAGCCGCGAAGAGUGGCGUUCAUUAGCCUGUCACCGGUGAGGCGGCGCGAGGCCGAAUACCCGGGGGCCGAGCGCGAGCCCGAGUACCCCCGCGAACCCCCCCGGCCGCCUCCGCGGGAGACGGUGCGCCUGGAGCUGGUGCUCAAGGACCCCACCGACGAAAGCUGCGUGGAGUUCAGUUACCCGGAGCUGCUGCUGUGCGGAGAACAACGGAAGAAGAUUGUUUAUUCAGAAGACCCGUUUAAUGAUGAGCAUCGGGAGAAGCAAGAGGUAGAAAUGUUGGCUAAGAAGUUUGAAAUGAAAUAUGGUGGGAAACCCCGUAAGCACCGGAAGGAUCGGCUACAAGAUUUAAUUGACAUAGGCUUUGGCUAUGAUGAGACAGAUCCAUUUAUUGAUAACUCAGAGGCUUAUGAUGAAUUAGUUCCUGCUUCUUUAACAACAAAGUAUGGAGGCUUUUAUAUCAACACUGGCACUCUGCAGUUUCGCCAAGCUUCAGAUACUGAAGAAGAAGAUAUCACAGACAACCAAAAGCACAAGCCACCCAAGGUUCCCAAAAUAAAAGAAGAUGAUAUCGAAAUGAAGAAGCGGAAACGGAAAGAGGAAGGGGAAAAGGAGAAGAAACCAAGGAAAAAAGUACCUAAACAACUGGGAGUUGUGGCUCUAAAUUCACACAAGUCUGAAAAAAAGAAGAAACGAUAUAAGGAUUCUCUUUCUCUGGCUGCCAUGAUUCGAAAAUUUCAGAAAGAGAAGGAUGCAUUAAAAACAGAGUCUAACCCCAAAGUUCCUUUGACCUUAUCGACCUCCUCUCUUACCAAGCCUCUUUGUGCUGCUACAGCAUUGGGGAAUGACGUCCCAGAAUUAAAUCUGAACAGCACUGAUCCAGAGCUCCCCAUUUUUGUUAGCACAAAUGAACACGAAUUGUUUCAGGAAGCUGAAAAUGCCCUAGAGAUACUGGAUGAUUUUGACUUUGACAGAUUACUGGAUGCUGCUUCUGAUGGUAGCCCCCUAUCUGAAUCAGGGGGAGAAAAUGGAAACACCACCCAGCCAACCUUCACCUCUCAGGUUAUGCCUAAGGUGGUACCGACACUCCCAGAAGGUCUACCUGUACUUCUUGAAAAACGCAUCGAGGACCUCCGUGUAGCUGCCAAACUUUUUGAUGAAGAAGGAAGGAAAAAAUUCUUUACACAGGAUAUGAAUAAUAUUCUUUUAGACAUUGAGUUACAGCUACAAGAAUUAGGCCCUGUUAUUCGUAGUGGUGUCUACUCCCAUCUUGAAGCAUUUGUGCCAUGCAAUAAAGAAACACUGGUAAAACGGCUAAAGAAGUUACACCUCAAUGUCCAGGAUGAUCGUUUAAGAGAACCUCUGCAAAAACUGAAACUGGCUGUUAGCAAUGUUAUGCCUGAACAGCUAUUUAAAUACCAGGAGGAUUGCCAGGCUCGUAGUCAAGCCAAGUGUGCCAAGUUGCAAACAGAUGAAGAACGAGAAAAGAAUGGAUCUGAGGAAGAUGAUGAUGAGAAACCAGGGAAGCGUGUCAUAGGACCAAGAAAGAAAUUCCACUGGGAUGACACAAUUAGAACUUUAUUAUGUAACCUUGUCGAGAUCAAAUUGGGAUGCUAUGAGUUGGAGCCAAAUAAAAGCCAGUCUGCUGAGGAUUAUCUUAAAUCCUUCAUGGAAACAGAAGUGAAGCCCUUGUGGCCUAAGGGCUGGAUGCAGGCGAGAAUGCUUUUUAAGGAAAGCCGGAGUGUACAUAAUCAUCUUACUUCUGCUCCGGCAAAGAAAAAGGUGAUUCCUGCACCCAAACCCAAAGUAAAGGAGUGUAGCCCAAAAAAGGACCAGAAAGCUCCUGCAUCCUUGGUGGCUUCAGUCAGUGGUCCUUCCACAAGCUCCAGCACUUCUGUUGUUGCCUCAGCCAGCUCCAGCUCAACACCAGCCCAGGAAACCAUCUGCCUCGACGACUCCCUAGACGAAGACCUUUCUUACCACUCACCUUCACUAGAUCUUGUUUCUGAAGCUUUAGCUGUCAUCAACAAUGGGAAUAAGGGCCCUACAGUUGGUCCAAGAAUAAACAUGCCAACUACAAAACCUCGUCCAGGACUGAGAGAAGAAAAAUUAGCAAGUAUCAUGAGUAAGCUGCCACUGACUACUCCCAAAAAACUAGAUUCUACUCAGACUGCACAUUCAUCGAGUCUUAUUGCUGGCCACACUGGGCCAGUACCAAAGAAACCCCAGGAUUUAGCUCAUACUGGCAUCUCUUCAGGCCUUAUUGCUGGUUCUUCAAUUCAGAACCCUAAAGUUUCCUUAGAACCUUUGCCAGCCAGGCUACUUCAGCAAGGACUACAAAGGUCAAGCCAGAUUCAUGCUUCUUCCUCUUCGCAGACUCAUGUCUCCUCUUCCCAAGCCCAAGUUGCUGCCUCCUCUCAUGCUCUGGGAACAUCUGAGGCCCAAGAAGCUUCUUCGUUAACACAAGUAACAAAGGUGCACCAGCAUUCAGCUGUCCAACAGAACUAUGUGUCUCCAUUACAAGCAACCAUUAGUAAAUCACAUACCAACCCAGUGGUGAAAUUAAGUAAUAAUCCCCAGCUUACCUGUUCAUCCCCACUCAUUAAGACUUCAGAUAAGCCACUUAUAUACCGCCUUCCCUUAUCUACGCCCUCGCCUGGAAAUGGUUCUCAGGGGUCCCACCCCCUGGUUUCUAGGACAGCACCGAGCACCACUACCUCUAGUAACUAUUUAGCCAAGGCUAUGGUGUCACAGAUUUCCACGCAGGGUUUCAAAUCUCCUUUUUCAAUGGCUGCAUCCCCAAAACUUGCCGCAUCUCCGAAACCUGCUACAUCUCCCAAACCCUUGCCCUCUCCCAAGCCUUCUGCUUCACCCAAGCCCUCUCUUUCAGCUAAGCCUUCAGUAUCGACUAAACUUAUUUCUAAGUCCAACCCCACUCCCAAGCCUACUGUAUCCCCAAGUUCUUCCAGUCCAAGUGCACUAGUAGCCCAGAGUUGCCACUCCACCAGUAACAACCCAGUUCAUAAACAGCCCAGUGGAGUCAACAUCAGCAGGCAGUCUCCCACCUUGAAUUUAUUGCCCUCUAAUCGCACUUCAGGCCUUCCAUCUACAAAAAAUCUUCAGGCCCCUUCAAAACUAACAAACUCAUCAUCCACUGGAACUGUUGGGAAGAACAGCUUGAGUGGAAUUGCAAUGAAUGUACCUGCCAGCAGAGGUAGCAACCUUAACUCAAGCGGAACUAAUAGAACUAGUCUAUCUGGGGGAACAGGAAGUGGAACACAGGGUGCUACUAAACCGUUGUCUACUCCACAUAGACCAUCUUCAGCCUCAGGGUCUUCAGUGGUAACAGCCAGUGUGCAGUCCACAGCAGGAGCAUCAUUAUUGGCUAAUGCCUCACCUCUGACUCUCAUGACAUCACCUUUGUCUGUAACAAAUCAAAAUGUGACUCCUUUUGGGAUGCUGGGUGGCCUUGUUCCAGUGACCAUGCCCUUCCAGUUUCCCUUGGAGCUACUUGGCUUUGGAACGGACACAGCUGGAGUGACAGCCACCUCAGGAUCUACCUCAGCCGCUUUCCACCAUAGCCUCACUCAGAAUUUACUAAAGGGUUUACAGCCAGGAGCUCAGCAUACAGCAACACUUUCCCAUUCAGCUCUGCCUACACAUUUACAGCAAACAUUUAAUGAUGGAGGCCAAAGUAAAGGGGACACUAAGUUACCACGGAAAUCUCAGUGACUUCUCAGCAAGCAGAGAGAUGAGACGUGUAGCUGGCUGACGGGAUCUACCUGAUGGGAAAGUCCUUAUGUGGUCACAGGGCUGCUGUUUCUGUCGAUGUUUACAUUCUCGUCCCAAGCACUGUGGUGAGGAGGAAAAGGAAAGAAAACAUUACUUGAGCAAAGCCAGGUGCAGGAGGAAGAAAUGCUUUUGUGCAAAGUUAGUGACCUUUGGUCUCUGCUAAAGAAAGACAAAGUUACCAUGUUACCUGACUUGAAAGAGACUCAGCUGUCAAACCCACAGAAGUACAAAUUAUUUUUUCCCCGGGGGAGGAAAGAGGAAGUUGAGAGGAUUUGGGUAAACACCAUCCAUCCUGGGGGUUGGCUCUGAACACUUGUAGACAUAAUUGAAUAAUAAAAGCAAUAGAUCUGGAAUUAGGCUAGUUUGUCAGGAGUAAUAAUCAUGCCUGUUUAAGUGGACAUUUAGCAAAUUUGCAACAAAAUAAUUGGGUGACCCUAUGUCUGAUAUAAACACUAGCUGAAGAAAUAAUGUACCCUCAAACAUCCUGAGCAAACUUGAAUCUUCUCCAGUAUGUAGCAACUCCCCAUGUAAAUCAGUGGACUGAAGAUGCUUCAGGAAAAUUAUUUUAGCACAGUUAUGUAUAUUACUAAAUCAUUUAGAUUUUUAAAAGUCAAGAAAUUGAGCCUGUUGCUCUUAACAGACAAAAACCUACGUGUCCCCUUUUUGUGAAAGGGUCAAUUUCAUCUUCCACUCAGAAGUAGGUACUUAACUCUUUUCUUCAGGUGAUUUAUGUAUCUAGUUUUGACUGGUUCAUUUUUAUUUCUAGUCUUGAUGUUAAAAUGUGACUCAGUUUCACUUGAGUAAUGGAAAUCUUUAUUAUAGGGCUGCUGCUUUCCUCAUCUUCAUUCACCCUUGCAGGCCCUACCAACAAAAACUGUAAAUUCCCCCAAGUUCACCUCACAACUUCCCUCUCUCUUCCUUCAGCUAGGGGUUCUUCAGGUGAUUGUUGGCUGUUGAUACAAACAGGUGGCAGUGAGUACUACCUGUGUUUCCUCACUGGUCAUCCAAAUAGCACAUAUAUAGUUGUUUGGUUUUUUAAUUUUUAGGGAGAGGAAUUGCAUUAGGCUCAUUAUGUACAAGGGAGUAUCUUUUUUAUAACAAUCACAAUGUGGUUUAACUCGCUUUAUCCAAUGUUGUGAAAUUGUUUCAAGCAUUUGGAGUUUUAAAGCUUUACUGAUAUUUCUCAGUGUUGAUAGCAAGUAAGCCUACAAAGAAGACUUCUUAGUUAUUAUAGCUUCUUUAACUAAGCAAAUAGCAUAGCUAACAAAGGAUGUGAAGGGAAAAAUUUAUAGUUCUCUUUGCAUACAUUUUAUUUGCCUCCUCAUCAUUCUGUUAUCUCUUGAGUUUUAAACUUAUGAGUAUUUUCAAACUAUACCCAAGAAUGGUUAAGCUCUGCAUGGUGUAACCUUGGUCAGUUUAUGGCAGACUAACCAAAAAAUCAGCACUAGAUUGGUGAGCGCAAGCUUUCUUCCAUGUUUCCAUUACCCUGUACCAGUAAGUUUAUUCAAAUAAGAGUAUUAAUGAGGCCCUUUUUUUCCUUUAGUAAACAGAAGUCCCAAAUAGCCUACAGGACUAUAAAUAAUCACAGAUCUGUUCUGAUCUACAUGCCUAUAUUUUGACUUCAAAGUCACAUUGGCUUGUUUUAUAGCAAAAGGGUUAAUAAAUAACUGAAAACUUCAGUUCCGAGAACUUGUUACAAUAAGGAGAAAUGAUUAUUUCAAAGGAAUCAUUGAUAUAAUAUUUCACCUCUUCAGAAUUUAGUUUACCAAUAAAACAAAUGUGGAUGAAUCCUGGUAGAUAUUUUGGAGGGAUACUGGGAUGUUGUAAAGAGGUUUGAUUUGAAUUCAGUAAGUUUGAUUAAGAUUUAUUUGGUUUUUUAAUUAGGGAAGCUUACUAGACUCAUGAUUAUUCCAUUGUAACAGACCUCUUGCUUUUGCCUUUGCUCAUAUUCCUGGGUACGAUGAUGAGUUUUCCUUCCAGAAGAGGGCUUUACUUUACUUUGUCUGCCAGGAAAGAAGUUAGAGAGUAUAUUAACCUUGCCUUCCUGCCAAUAGCUGUAUAUGGUGUUCACAUGUGUAUGUGUGUGCACAUAUACACAUGUAUCUUCUUAUGAAUUGCUGGUAUAAGUCAAAGAAUAAUAAUUGUAAUUUCUUAAAUCCACCAAUUCUGAAUUAUGCUAUAUGAAGAUCCUUGAGGACUCUGCCGUCAUUAGAAAACAUCAGGAUUAAUUCUCUCCUGUGUCAUUUUAUGCUAACCAGUCAAAUACCUGAAGGCCCUUGGCUCUGAGAAUAUGAUAUAGAGAUUAUGUUCUAUUCUCUUCAGUCUUGAAUCCUUGACAACUAUGUCAGAUCUCCACCUCAGCAACCCCUUUCCCCGUUUUACUGAUCAAUUUUUAUUCGUUUCAAUCAAGACCCCUCUUUUAUGUUGUACAAAUGGGUCAAAAUCCUUGUCUUUCUCCAUAAAGUAUGAUCAGAGAUUUCUGCAUGUAAAUACAAACAUUUCUUUUCUAGAUCCUAACAUUGAAAAUGGUGUCCAAGCUUCAUGGUCACCUGUCUUUACAGUUUUUAUUACUAAAAAACAAACAUAUAAAUUGGUUAUUUUUUAACAGAGACUUGUGACUCAUACUGUAUUUUUGCACUUAAAAUCAAAUUAUGUUAUUUUUUAAAAUGGUGAAUGAUUGGAAAGGUUAUCUAUAGAACAAUGUGUAUUUCUAAAGAGCAUUAGCAACAUCCACAUGCAAAAGUAAUCAGCACACUUAAUUAUAUCCCACUCAGCGGGAUUCUUGAUUCAGGAAGAUUAAGCUGUUUGUUUCCAACUGUCUUAUGUUUGAAAUUGCCUUCACUGAUAUAUAAGCUGUUACUGUACAUACUAGGUAAUCCUCAGUAUUCACAAGCAAUAACGGUCAGCAGAGCUGUCCUCAGAGAUAGCAGUGCUGGGCCUCAGUUGGAGACUGUUUGGGAGCAAAGUGUCAAGCUCAUUCAGAGCCUCCAAAGUAAAUGCAAGCAAUAAUUUCCAUUAUAAGUUAAUUAUAAUUUUUUCUCAUAUGCUUCUGAUAUCAGAGGUUUAGAAAUCAUGAUUUUAAAACAUCCUGAAGAAAAGGUUUUGGGAAAAGAAGUGAGGUUGAACUGUAGCCACAAAAUCCUGAUAUCUUAAAGAAAUCAAGAGGAUUGUGCUAGUAAAUUCUUGUAUGCCCACCACCCCUUUGAUGGAUGUUGUUAGCCCAAAUUAAUUAUUUUGUAUCAUAGACACUGAAUCGGGUUUAUUGGAUUUCCGACAUAAGGGGAAGAACCGGGCACAGAAAAGUUUUUUAAUACUGUGGGUUUGACACCUGUUUGAAAACAACUUAUUGGAACUGAUUUUUAACCCAGGAUAUUUGUUUCCCAAAGCAGAUCUAAAUUGUUUACUACCCAGGGAUGGAAAGGGCAGGCACCUCUAGUCUCUCUCCUCUGGUUGCCCUCUCCCAUUCUCCUUUCCACCUCUACUUGGUUUAAGACAUUUUCUGAAAUGAAAAUUCUACUGUUAUUCAAACUGCCAUUGAUAUUGAGAACUCUGUGUCCUUUGGGAUCACCUCUCAAACUCCAGUUAUCUAUCAUAUUUGCUGCUACCUUUGUAAAAUGAACUUGUAUUUGGAUGACUUUAAUUUACACUUCUUUAUUUCUAGAAGUUUUGUCAUAUAAUUUGACCCAUGUGUAGAAUUAGGAUACUUUAUUUUAGGAGUGUACCAUAAAAAAACACACUGGUCCCUAUAUUGUUUUUAUCAUUUUGUUUUGAAUUUGCUUGCUUCAUUUGUUGGCUUUUGUUUUGUUUUUCAAGUUGGAAAAAAGAAGAAUGAGAAAAAUCUUAUAAUCAGGCCAAACUUGAGAACUUUCCCUGUGCUUCAGCACUAUGAUUUCUGCUGACCUAAUGUUCUCAGAAGGGGCACUUUUACUUUCUAUUGCGCAUGUAUGAUUGUUUUUUUUUUGUUGUUGUUGUUUUUGCUUUGUGGAGGGUGCUUUCAGUUUUGUAAAAAUGAAGCAGAAGAAAAGUACAGUAGUAGAUAAAUGACUGAUCACAAACAUGUUAUGCAAUUUUAUUUUAUAAAAUUUUAAGGGAAAAGUUUAACUCUUUGUAAAUAAUUUCUUAGCUCUGAUAAAUGCUUAUAUUACUCCUCUAAAACAUGCUCAAUUCAGGCCUUUGUCUUUGUUAAGUGCCUUUUUUUUUUUCCUUUAUUUUUUCCCCCUCUUUCGAAAGUGUUCUCAGAUCUCCUAAAGUGCAGACUGAUAAGUCAGGGGAUUCAGGAGGAAGAAUGUCAAACUUGCCAAUGUCACGUCAUGCUGUAAUGUUCUUCCUUUUCUUUAUGUGUAUAUGGCUAUAUUGAAAGAUACGUAUAGACUUACAGACAAAACUAGUGGCUGCUGUAUCAUUGCAUCCUCUUUGAACCACUCCCCUUUCAACAUUUGCAAAACUUCUGUUUAUUCUGUUGCUUUUAGUCAAGUUGAUUAAAUAGGUGGAUUGGGAAAUUGUCUUUUCACAAGAUGCUAUCUUCCCCCUUUAAAUAUCUGUUUGUAGAUGUAACAGAUAUAUAUAUACAUAUAUAUAUAAAUAUAUAGUUUUACGAGUAAAAUAAAUUUAGCAGAUUCGUUGACUAUUCCUGGAUAUAACCUACUGCUCCAUGCGUUCAAACUUGGCAUAUGUAAUAUAGGAGAAAGCAUUGGACUAACAAGAGUCUCUUGUGGAUUGAAUUGAUUAAGUGCACUGUGGCAGGCAAGACUCAAAACUUGUAGGGCUAGAGUUGGAACCGUGUGAUGCUAUCUGAAUACAUUUUGAAGGAAGUUUGCAACUGUGUCAACAUUAAAAAUGUAUCAUAUUUUCUUCUGGAGAAAUGAUUUUUUUAAGAAAUCAUAGCUACAUAUUUAUUAUAACAUUAAUAAACAUAGAAGUAGAAAGACUUCAGAUACUGAGGACAACACUCAUAUAAUCUAUAGCAUUCUUGAGCUCUUCAGCCUUUAUUUUUUUAGUCAGAUAACUACAUUUGACUCUGAUUUUCUGGUUGUUUAGAUUUCUCCCUUGAGCAAAAUACUAUAAUUUUCAGUAUCUUAAGAUUUGUCUGUUUCUUGUGAAAAAUAUAUAUAAUGUGACAUGUUAAGGGAGACUAAAUUGAACCAAUCCUCAAAAACAAUACAGUAUAUCUAAUAAGUGCCCCCUUUUAAGUAAACUUUUAUUUGAAGAAAAGAGACUGGUGGCUAAAAGGAGAAAGCAGAGACUCCUAGUAGCAAAACUUUGUCAGGCAGCCAGAGUUCAGUAGUGAGUGUUAAUUUCUAAAUUACUGGGUCUACGGGGACAUCAUUUAACUAACCUUUGUGCCUCAGAUUACCCAUGAGACAAUUGGGUAUAAAUAUUCACCUACCUCCCAGGGAUAUCAGAGACUUUACUAUUUCAAAAAUAUUUUGAGUUUUUCUAAAAUGUCCUAUAUAAUUAAAAAUACUAUUACAUCCUGCAGAGGCUAAAAAAUGAUUUCCUUGUAUGGAUAUAAAGAGUACCCCACAAUUUUUAAGUUUUAAAAAAUAUCACUGAAACUCUAAUUUAGAUACGUAUUUGUUAUUCAAACAUAGUAUAUAGAAAAAAUGGUUAGUUUCAGAUUAACAAAGCUGAGGAAUGACACUAAGUUUCUUAAAUAUAAGGGGUGUUUUGUUUUUAGCUUUUUAUGGGAUUACUGCUUAUAUGAUUUUUGCAAAGGUCUUUGUGGAGCUAAAGUUGUUUGGAUGAUUAAUUAUUGGAAUUGAUAAAUUAUUCUGAAAGUUUUAUCUGCCUCACUUUUUCAUCUUCUCAAUCUAAUUUUCUUAUAUUACUUGUUUGGUGAUGGAUAACCAAGUUUUAACUUUCUAAGAGUGAAGGGGAGCCUCCUUAUGCGUAAAUCAGACACCGCAUGCAAUUCCUGUAACUGUAGAUUUAUCCAGCUCUGCACUGAAGGAGCAAGCACUACACAUAGCCAGCUGCAUACACUUUUAGCCAGUUCUACCUUUGUGUUUCAGGCUUCUCCAGCCUACACAAGAGUUGGAGCUAUCAGCUGCUCAGGUUAUAGGAAAAUGGGACAGGGAGGCAGGAUUCGUUUCACAGCUGGGUCAGGAGUGGGGAUGGUCAGGAGAGAAGGAAAAGAUCAAUUCAUCCCACUUUCCAUCCCUAUGUACUAGUAAUACAUAGAAUUUUCCUUUUAUCACUUAAAACAACAGGAAAAAAAUGGAUGCUGCAAUUUUAGUUAGGGCUAAACGUUAGGAUGUGUGUGUGAGUUUGAAGUGUAGCAUAUAUUCAGGGUCAGGAAAGAGAAUGCAGGGGUUUGAGGAACAGUUCCAGCUCAAGUGAGUUAGGAGAAAGCACCAGGUCCAAGCAGAUUCAUCUGGUGAAUUCCAGGAUUGGCUAAGACCCAGUUAAUCUCUAGUGAUAUGGUUUGGUUUGGUCUGGUUUUAAAUCACCUUUUUGACUUUUUGUUGCUUUUUCCAGAUAAGGCCUUAGUUAGUAGCUUCUAAAUAUCAACUAUGCAGAUAACCCUACUUUUUAUUUAACACAUUUCCCUAUUUUUCCAUUCUUCAGAUAACAAAUGUUAAGACUUCUACCCAAAGAACUAAGACAAAAGGGUUUUGUUGAAUGUGUUUGUUCCUCCAGGGAAAACUAACAGAAGUAUAAAAUAGACAUAGUUUAUGUGUUUAUCCUAAAAUGUGAACUUAAAAUUCAAACGCUAACUGCAGACCCUUUCACUAGUGUGGAACUGUAGUUAGUGUUGUGGAAUGUCUGGUUUGUUAGGAUGAAAUCGUCCCAGUGUUCCAUUCUGCAGUUUUAGAUUCUGUGACACAGUGUUCAGGUUUAUAGAGCUGAACAGGGGGUCAGACUCGAAUUAAAAAUAGCUUUGAAUAGUUAUGUUGAAUUGUUCUUUCUUCAUUUCCUUAGUCUUUGUUCUUCUUUCCUUUGCUGCGAGCUCGUAAGUUAACCAUGUCAUCAACCAGUAUCUCCACCCCCAAAAAAGUGACAAAAUUGUUUAGAGUCUGGAGAGGAAAGGUCAAACUGUCUUCACAUCCUCUUCUCACUCUCUGUGGUGCUGUUUCCAAUGACCCCACUGAGCUCUAAAGCCUACAAUUUGAGAAACUAUUGAUAUCCCAGCAGAGGAUGCAGGCAGAGACUGCCUUAGGAGUAACAUUUCCCUCAUAUACUCCCUAAGUACCAUUUGCUUGAAACUAGCUAUUUGUGCAUUUUGUUUAUUUCUUCAUACUGUAGUAUUUCUAUUUCUCAGUCUUUUCUCCAAAUUUCCAUUUUAUAGUCAGGUAGUACUUAAACUGUGGACACUUUUUCAAAUUGUUAUCCAGACAGGUCAAUAACGCUAUUUGAAAUCUCUGUCAUAUAAUUAAAGAUCUUUGCGUCCAGGACUUGAUGACUGGAAUUUUUUUCUCCUUUGGAUUGAAAAAAAUAGAUUGCAUAGGCUGGAGUUAUAACUCAAUGGUAUAGUGCAUGCUUAGCAUGCGCAAGACUGAGUUGGAUCCCCGGCACCACACACACACACACACAAAUGUUACUAUAUAAUGUGGUAAUAGCAUAUUUUGUGGCUUCCUCCUAAUAGCUUUCACAGUUAUUGCAAACCUUUUUCAGGGGCUCUUGUUUCUCUGACGGUCUUCAUACAUUAGCACAAAUCUACUUUGUAAAAUCUGAGUCAAGCAGGCUUUAUUGAAUCCUUAGUAACAAUUUUAUGUUCCUCAGAAAACUUUGUAUACAGUAUUUGCUCCCAUUUGCUAUCAAUAAUAGAAUUCUAUCUUAAAUCUGGCUUUUAGAUAUUUUAUAAUAGAGCACUAGUAGAAGCCUGAUUGAAAUACAGUUGAUUAUUACUCACAGUGACUUGAAACUACUUCUAAUAACAGAGCACAUUUAGCAGUUAGCAGCAACCAAGACUGGUUGGUUGACAUGUUUUUCUGUCUGACAACCUGCUCUUAAAUCAUCAGACCUUAGCUAUCCUGUGUUUUCUGUGCUUGCAGUUAUAAACUUUCCUCCUUUUUUUGCUGAUCUCUGCUGUUUUUAGGAGUAGUGUGCCCUCUGUCUGAAAAAUUGGGUUUUCUUUCCCUUACCUGCAGAAUUACCAAGGAUUUCCUCAAUCUAGUAGCAUUAAAAGGAAAAGAGUUAUUGUCAGUUGACAAAGAUAUUACUGUUUUAUAUAAUUAGUUGGAAAGUUUGGCCAACUUUGGUUGGGUUUUUGUUUGUUUUGUUUCGUUUUUGUUUUAUCUUGGCUAUGCCUACAUAAUGAAUUACAUAUACCUUCUGACACCUUCAGAUAAUCAGGGGGCCUUCUACCAGUGCAGGUUGGUUCUUACCCUACAAAUGAUUGCCUCUGAUCCAUGGCUAGCCUCCAGAGAAGAGAUCCAAGCGUUGAACUGUUCAUUUGUCAACUGCCAUUGAAAAAUUAUGAAGUGUAUCAGAAAUAGAAAAUUGUUCUUUGAAGAAAGUCUGUAAAUCUGAGGCUCGCCCAUGUCUCUUGCUAAGCACUGUCAAACUUUAAAGAAGAGGAAAAUAAAUCUCUGGCUGGUUUAAAAUUUUUAUGCCCCAAAUAAUAUAUUAAAGUCUACUAAGGUAACUAA